CCGCCGCCGCCGCCGUCGACCCCUCCGCCUCCGUCUCUGGUCAUCGCCGCCGUCGACCCCUCUGCCUCCGCCUUCGUCUCGGGUCGUUGUCGCCGCCUCGAGAUCUGCCGCCGGUCGUCAUCGCCGCCUCCAGAUCGGCCGCCGGUCGUCGUCGCCGCCUCCAGAUCCGCCUCCGGUCGUCGUCGCCGCUCCACAAGUUGGGGCUCCUGUCCGUCAUCUCCGGCGUUCCUCGUCUCGCUUAUCUCCGGCAUCCAUCGUCUGUCGUCGCAGACCCUGAUCGAGAAGGUGCUGAAGCCACUGUUUCGUUUUCCUCGCUCUCUUCGCCCUGUCAUCUCCGGCGUCACAGCAUCUCCGUCUUUUUUGCUGCUGCUCGCCGGUGCCACAGCGUUCCCGAUCCGGCGUUUGUGCUGCGGCCAUUGCUUAGCAAUUAUUGGCUGCUCCAACAUAUUCAGAUCUCAGAGUUACUAUCAGGGAUGAAACACAUUGUGAAGAUAAUGACAUUGCUGGUAGCCAUAUCUGCCUUUUGGAUUGGCUUACUCCAAACAUCAAUAGUUCCACACAGCUAUACUUGGUUGCUACCUUUGUACUUUAUUGUGUCAUUGGGAUGCUAUGGCCUAUUGAUGGUAGGAGUUGGCCUGAUGCAAUUUCCAACUUGCCCCCAAGAGGCAGUGCUUCUGCAGCAGGACAUUGUGGAGGCAAAGGAAUUCCUACAGCAAAGAGGGGUUGAUAUUAGUUCCGAUUGAUCUAAAAUGCCUUGAAAGAAAGCUCAACUUUGGUAGAGAAGAGUUUUGGAUGCUUCAGACCAGGAUUUGUGCAUUGGAGUUGCCGAAAAGAGUAUUUCACAAUGUUCUCCUUUAAUAUCCUAGCUAUGCGAUGAGAAAUAAGGAUUUUAGAUUUUAAUGUUAAGAUAUUUAGAGUUUGUUUAGGUUUGAGUGUCAUGUUUUGAUUAGAUUUUAGAUUGUUAAAUUUAAGUUAGGUUUUAUCUUCUAUUACAGUUGGGAUAGAAG